AUGUCCCUUGUCCUCAUCACCGGAGCCACCGGCUUCAUCGGCUCCCAGGUCGCCCUGCACGUCCUGGACGCGGGAUACCGAGUCCGUCUCGUCAUCCGUCGGCCCGAGCAGGCCGACAAGCUGCGCCGCGUUCUCGCUCACGACGAGCAAAUUGAGUUCUCUAUCGUUCCGGAUAUUACUGUCUCUGGUGCUUUCGAUUCCUCCCUGCAGGACGUGCAGUAUAUUAUGCAUAUCGCGUCGCCGAUACCCAGUGGCGGCAGCGCAGAUCUUCUGACUCCGGCCGUUCGAGGGACGUUGUCAAUCCUGGAGUCCGCGGCCAAGUUCCCUUCAGUCAAGAAAGUCGUUAUUAUGGCGAGUGUGCUGUCGUUGGUUCCGCUGGGUGGGUUUGGGAGUUUGGAUGUUGUUCGGGAAACAAACGCAAUCGACUACACGGUCGACCCUGAAAGGGUCCCCUCUUUGGACCCAAUGGACCAGUAUCACGCCAGCAAGCUCGCGUCAUACAAAGCCACCAUCGACUUCGUGGACGCCCAGCGCCCAUCGUUCGACGUAGUCACGCUGCACCCUGUUCUCGUCUUCGGACGCAGCCUCAUCCAAGACAAUGCGGCUGACCUGGGCGGCUCGAACGGCAUCCUUUUCCAGACGCUGGUCUCGGAGCAGCCCGAGCAGCCUCUUAUGAGCCAGUAUCUGGGUGUUCAUGUGCUUGAUGUUGCCGAUGCGCACGUCAAGGCGCUGGACGAGAAGAUUACGGGAUUUGAAUCGUAUUUGUUGGCGGCGGAAAGAAGGACAUGGGCGGAGGUAGAGACUUUUGUAAAAAAGGAGCUCCCUGAGUUUCCGCUGGGGUGGAAGAAUGUGCAGGAGACGGCAAAAUCCUAUACUGUUGAUGCUGGGAAGGCGAGGAGGGAGUUUCGGAUGGAGUUUAAGGGCAUGGAGAGGCAGGUGGGGGAUUUGGUGAGGCAGCAGAUGGAGUUGAGGGGGAAGGGGGUUUGA